AUGACAACACUAGAAUCCCUUCCUGUCGACAUAAAAUUCAUAAUCCUAACUUCCCUCCCAACCGUUCGAAGUUUAAAAUCACUAUGCCGAGCAUCCUCAAAUUAUGAAACCGUAUUCGUAAAACACCAAUCGCUGGUUGAAUCCUCUGUAUAUCUUACCGAGGCUCUUACACGGUACUCUCGGGAAGCCCUGUGGCUUACCCAGUACUACCAGCAAUUGCAUACACAUGAGGACAAAUUAGCGCUGCCUUUGAAGGCUAUACUGGAAUAUAUCACAUACCCCGAGUCUCGCUCUCUCCUUGAGAACUUCAAAAGUCCAGAAUAUGCUGGUUGGCCCGUGUAUAGUUCCACCCCUUCACAGUUUACGGACUUCGCAAAGGUACUCUCCCAUGACUUCAACACGCCCAAAGUGUGUGAUAAUAUCAAAAUUCGGAAGGAGGAUGAAAAGGCCAUUAUAAAAUACCACAGAACAAUCGUCGGUAUCUUUCAAAGAUUCGUGAAAUACGAAUUGACAAGGAUAGCACCAGAUCCACCGGGUUCAUUGGAAAAAUAUAAAAUCAGGAAUGAAUCGGAUGGUUACUUUUUAGUAAGUGAAACGGAGGAGGAAAGGAUAAUUGAGGGUAUCUAUAGAUUCUUCGUGGGGCUUGAGAUCUCACAGAAUGUACCUUACGAGGCUGUCAUGUCCUCCAUAUCUGGGCUGUGGGGCUCUUGGAGUGUGAUGGCGGUUAGAGCUAUACGUGAGUUUUUACUUGCUCGGAUUGAAAAGGCUGGGGGGCACAAUGAAGAGAUGGAGAUAUGGGAUGAUGAUUUGGGGUAUUAUGAUGAUGGAGUGCCAGAGGAUCGCUUGUCUAUUCCGAACCUGGUCCUAAAUUUUGACUUUCCCGAUAAUAUUAUUUCAUGGAUUGACGGAAAAUACGACAAAAACCACUUAUCGCGGGUCCAACGGAUUUUAAAAACGACUGGACAAAGUCCGCUCGGUCCUGAUUCAUGGGAUACUAUCUUUGCAUUCUUCACCCAAUUCGAUCCGUGGUACAAUGAAAAUCCGGACCGAUAUACGAGAGAUGGGAAGAAGAUGUGGCUCAAGAGUCCGAAAACCGGUGAGAUCAACGGAACGGCUUGUCUGUGGGAUCACUGGAGGUUGAAAAUAAGGCGGGGGAAUCGAUCAGCUGGCGAUGUUGAUGAGGGUAACGUGGCGCCAGAGAAGAUUUUAAGAUACAAAAACCAGUCAAAGCGGUCAAGAGACACAAAGGAGAGGCAAGCGAAGAAUAGAGGAACAAAGAAUAGCAAUGCGAAAGGGAAAAUAAUACGAAGAAGAUCGCCCUCCGACUCUGGGCAGCGUGAAGUAUGGCCUAUUGAGCCUGAAUUGGAGGAGGAGGAGGAAGUUGAAGAAUAUUUGCAAGAAUUGCAAGAUUUUUCAGUUUAA